AUGUCUACUUCUAGACCAGUAACUCCAGCUUCUCCUCGAUAUAUAAAGAUCAAAUCACCACAACCUGGGGUUCCGAAAUAUGGCUGUCUGCAUAUUCAACUACUCUUGAACCCGGAUAAUGAGGAACGUAUGAGGAAUACAAUUACAUAUUAUAAGAAUUGUUUGAGAGUGGUUCUAGAUAAUACUCCAAUUGUUCCACAAACAUCUAAGACUCUCAAAGGCCCGCCCCUCACAUCUCUGACGCCAAAUUACCUCUGUUUACAAUGUGACCGGACGGCUACGGCGCAGGAUCAUAUGAAGCAUGGUCAGGAAACUUCGCAUAGAUUUUAUGUUGAAUCGAGGACGGGGGCUUUGUUUUGCCAAAUGUGCAAUGAUUUUGUAUGGGAUCCUACACUAGAGGAGUUAAGAGUGAGAAAGACUGGGACUGGCUCUUUUUCUAGUCGAAAACGAAAACAUGAUGAGCUUUUUACCGACGCUACAAAAGAGGACCCAAGAUUUAUAUCCACAAAUACCAUGUCCGCUCCUUGUAGAGCAAGUGGUGUGAGGGGUAUUUAUAACAUGGGGGCUACCUGUUACAUGAACGUCAUUCUUCAGUCCUUCGUUCAUAAUCCUCUACUUCGAAAUUUUUAUCUCGGAGAUGGUCACCAAGCAAGCGAAUGCGAACAAAAGAAUUGUAUGAGUUGCGCUAUGGAUGAUAUGUUUCAAGAUUUCUACUCUCAAGAGAUUACAACAGGAUACUCAGCUUCGAAUAUACUUGCCAGCUUUUGGCUUUCGAAGAGAAAAGCAUACGAAGAAUUAGCAAGUAACAAAGAGCAAGACGCUCAUGAGUUCUUUCAAUUUCUUACAGAAGAAUUACACGAAAUCAAUGGCGGGUCACGAGCAAGCGAUCGGGAAGAUAGCAGUCCCAAUCCUAAACGGUCGAAAAUGGAUCAAGGCUGCAAAUGUAUUGUGCAUCAGACUUUCUAUGGGAAGCUUCAAAGUACUAUCACCUGCCAAAAUUGUGGGGACGUAAACACAUCAGUCGAGUCCUUUCUCGAUCUAAGUUUAGGUCUUGAUGUUAUUCAGAAAAAGAGCAAGCUAAAGGCAGCUUCUGGCACCAUCAGUCUCCAACGUUGCCUAGAUGAAGAGUACAUUCGGGCUGAACGAUGUGAAUAUUCAUGUCAUCAAUGCGAUACUCAGGAGGCAAAAAAGCAACUCAGUAUCAAAAGUCUACCAAACGUAUUGUGUAUUCAGCUCAAGCGCUUCAAACAAGAUCCUAGAGGCCUAGCUUCAAAAAUUGAUACCACUGUCACUUUUCCACUUCAGCUACAUAUGCUUCCUUAUACCAAUCGAGCUCGUGGUCAAGAUACAAAGAAUAAUUUUGAAUUGGCCAGGUCGUGUACUUAUGAUUUACAAAGUGUUGUGGUCCAUGUCGGAAAUUUAGAGACUGGUGAGCAAGCACUUCUUUCCUUGUUAUCCUUCACCACCCCCUAUAUUGUGGGAGGACACUAUGUAUCCUACUCUCGAGUGGGAAAUCAAUGGUUUAAGUUCAAUGACCAUAAUGUUACAUUGGCUAGCAAGAGUCAAGUGUUAAAUGAACAGGCUUUUCUGCUAUUUUACGUUAUUCAAAGUCUAGCGUAA